UUGGGGCCACAUUGAUUCCUCCAUUCUGGGACAACCACUUGCAAAAUGAUUUAUACAUCCUUAUUUCCCAAACGAGGAGGCCUAGUCAAUAAUAGCAAGUUAAGGCUUCACUACUAGCGGGGCCGAAGGGCCCAAGCCUAUAAUCCCAACAACUCAGGAGGCUGAGGCAGGAGAAUGACAAUUCCAAGGCCUACUCACCCCCUAGAAAGUUCCAGCCCCCAUCUGUUUAACCCUCAACAAUAAUCCGAGGAUCUCCUGCUGCUGGUGCUUGCUCCACCCCAUGACUCUCUCCCUGUAACAGGUGCAAGCGAUGGUCCCAAAUGUCCAGGUGGGUCAGAGUGGGAAGUAGCUGAGCCUAGAAAGCCAACUGAGGUUGGACCAGGUGCAGAGGCCAAAGGAUGGACGACCCGCAGGACCCGUUGCUGGACCGCACUCAACGGCUGCUGACUGACUACUUAUUGUUCUGCGCACGGGAGCCGGGCACCCCGGAGCCACCGCCCACGUCUGUCGAAGCGGCCUUGCUUCGCUCUGUGACUAGGCAGCUCCAGCAGGAGAACCCGGGGUUUUUUUCCUCCUUCCGCAACUGCCAGGACAACCGCCUGGAGCUGGUGAGACAGAUGGCGGAUAAGUUGCUCUCCAGUGACCAAGACUUCAACUGGGGCCGCCUGGUGAUGCUCCUGGCCUUCACGGGGAAGCUUAUGAAUCAAGGCCCUUACAGGGCUGUCAAGCAGAGGAGGGAUCUGAUGAAUCGUCUCCUAGUGGACCGAGACUGCUGUAUCAUAGUGAGCUUGCUAUGUAGUCUGCUCAUGGGACGGCACCGCUCCAGGCUGGAGGCUCUCGGCGGCUGGGAUGGCUUCUGCCGCUUCUUCAAGAAACCCUUACCCCUCAACUUCUGGAGAAGAUUGCUGAUUCGGGCUUUUCUGUCAUGCUUCUUUGCAACAGCCAUCUUUUAUAUCUGGAAACGUUUAUAAGUUUUAAAUUUUUAAAGUGAUCUUACCUGCCUAACUGUGAACCCUCUAAGGGACAGCUCUGGGUAAUUGGAUAAGAACUGAGGAAGUCCUCCUGCCUAGAGACAUUUCUACCUGCAUGCUACAUAGAGUUCUGGGUUUGUGAUGGGGCCAGCAUUUGAAAGGGACCCAAGUAGCUCUUUGCCAAGUGGGAAAAUGGUCCACAUCACUCCAGAGAACUUCAGAAAAUGCUACAUACACUUAUUAGCUGUGUGGCUGUCUGCAUUUGGCUGCAAGCACAGCAGAGCCUCUCCCAUCUGUCCUGGGGUUCUUGAGCUGCUUGUUAACCAGCCAGAGUCCCAGGGUAGGGGAUCCUAAAGCUCAGAGCAAUGAGGAAUGCAAUAGGAAACCUUAAGGAAUCCUUUGAAACCUAAAUCCUUCUGUACCCAAUUCCCAGGACUUCUGAAUUUAUAAUGAUCUCCUUAAUAUGUUUUUAAGUAACUUCUUAAUAAAUGUACACAUUUUUUAAAAAAG